AUGGUGCGGCUUUUAACUCUCAUUUUGGCGCUAACGUGUCUGCUGAUUUGCUUAUGCGAGGCCGACAGGCACAGCGGUCGAAUACGGGGGCAGUUACGCCGGCGACCCAGACUGGGACGACCGCAGGAGGGCACAGAGGGCAGGGGGCGCCAACUUUCACGUGCGCGAACUUGGCGUCCCGGAUUCGCUUCUGCCGUAUCCGUGCACAGUGACAAAGAGAGUCAUGGUUUACAGGCAGAUGAGGGAACAAGGACGAAAAAUAGAAGAGGAUGGCUGGCCAGGAGAGGGGUUCGGGGACGCCCCCAGAGAGGGAUGCUGCAAGAUGAAGGCGCUCCCCGAGCUCGGGCCAGGGUGACGCGGAUGCCCAGCAGCGCCGGCUCACCCAACCUGCUGGCCAGUUUCGCAGGGAAAAACCGAGUCCUGGUGAUCUCGGCGCCUCACGAUUCCGACGGCUACUACCGCCUCAUGAUGUCCUUGCUUAAAUCCGAUGUGUACUGCGAGCUGGCCGAGAGGCACGUCCAGCAGAUCGUCAUGUUCCACCAGGAGGGCGAGAUGGGGGGCAAGGUGCGGAGGAUCACCACCGAGGGCAAAGUGAUGGAAGAGCCGCUAGACACCGCCCUCAUUCCGAGACUGAUGAGCUUCCUCAAACUGGAGAAAGGUAAAUUUGGGAUGGUGCUGCUGAAAAAGACCCUGCAGGUGGAAGAGAGGUACCCCUACCCUGUGAGACUGGAGGCCAUGUAUGAGGUGAUUGACCAGUCGCCCAUGAGGAGACUGGAGAAGAUUCGCCAAAAAGGCUUUGUCCAAAAGUGCAAAGGAGCUGGCGUUGAGGGUCAAGUGGAGGAAGGCACACUGACUGUCAGCACACCUGUGGAAGGAAAACCGGCAAAGAAAAUCCUAAGAAAGCCUACAACGACGACAUCGGCGACAACCACAACUACAACAACAACUACUCGGCCAACGACAACCAGGCCAACGACGACUACCACGACAACAAAAGCUACAACCACCACAACAACUAAAGCCACCACAACCACCACAACAACAAAGGCCACCACAACCGCACGUAGAACCGCCAGCAAGCGAACCACCACUACCCUGACGCCGACCAAAGCCCACACCCAGACGGUGCUGCUUCCUGCUCCCAGAACCACGCAGGAUCCAUACUAUUACAACAAAAGGGAGAAGGACCACUACCCGGCCAAAACCACCCCGUCUGGAGACCACCACACAGACAAGGACGACAAUGAUCCACGCGUCCACAAGCUGGUACCCGUCACGAGGAAACCGUCCAAGAUUAAACCCUCCAGGAAAAAGAACGGAGGGGAAAAGAUGCUAACAAAUGAAUAUGAGGACAAGUACGAGGCCGGCAAGCCCACCGUCACGUAUCCCGAGGAGUCCGACGGGUUUGCCGACGUCACACCGACCAGGAAGGUGAAGGCCAAGCAUGAGAAGAAGAGGAAAAAUGAAAAGUUGGCAAAGAAGGCUGAGAGGAGGGGAGGUAAAGGCGGAGGAAAGAAGAACGGAAAGAAACUGUCAAAGUACCCGGAAAAGGAGGACUACCCGAAGCCUACCAAGAAGCCCACGCCGCCUCCCAAGGGAUCGCUGUCCUCCUUCUUGGACUACUUCGAGAAUCGUAGGCGAUUGCUGCUGGUGACAUCACCCAGCGAGGAGAACAAGAUGUAUGCCCAGCAGAGGGACGAAUACUUGGAGUCCGUGUGCGAGAUGGCCAUUCGGAAAGUCUCCAUCAUCACCAUCUUUGGCUCACUCACCAACUCCACCAUGAAAAUCGACCACUAUCAGUUGGAGAACGACAAGCCCAUGAAGGGACUUCGUCAGGAGGACCUGGUGAACCAAGAUCUGAUCACCGAGUUGAGGAAAGAGUUCAGUAUGGUCCACGACGACUUCCACAUGGUCCUUACUGACACAGACAUGAGAGUCAAGCAAUCCUACGAGGUUCCCAUUGCCAUGAAAGCCGUGUUCAACUACAUCGACACGUUCUCCUCGCGCAUCCGAGAAAUGGAGCAGCAGAAGCGUGACGGCGUCGUUUGCAAGAAAGAGGACAAGCCCAGAUCGUUGGAAAACUUCCUCUCGAGGUUCCGUUGGAGGCGACGUCUCUUCAUCAUCUCCACCCCCAACGAUGAGGAGUGGGCGUAUCAGCAGCAGCUGUAUGGCUUGGGCAGUCAAGCCUGCAACCUUGGAUUAAGGCACAUCUCCAUUUUAAAGCUGGUCGGGACAGAACUGUCGGAUAUGGGCGGAGUCUUGGAACUUUAUCCAUUUAAUGGGAGCGCUACAGUGGAGCGCGAAGGCCUCUCAGCCAACCUGGUCAAAGACAUGAGGAACUACUUCCAGAUCAGCCCAGAGUACUUCUCCAUGCUGCUGGUGGGUAAGGACGGCAACGUCAAGUCCUGGUACCCCUCGCCCAUGUGGUCCAUGGCCAUCAUUUACGACCUGGUGGAUUCCAUGCAACUGCGCCGGCAGGAAAUGGCCAUCCAGCAGUCGCUCGGUAUGCGCUGCCCCGAGGACGAGUACGGUGGCUACGGCUACCACCAGCACGGAUAUCAGGACGGGUAUCACCAGGGUUACGGUUACUAG